AUGAAAAGCUUCUUAAAACACUUUGGUGACCAGGCCUCCCGCGUGAAGGUGCACAUGUACUCGGUCCUCAUCGAGUUUGUCCCUGUAGCUUGCAACCCAGACAACAGUGGCUACCUCCGGGUCAUUGAGGGCUCCAACAACCUCAACCCGAACGUGAUAGAAGAAGCCCACUGGAUUAAACCCCCAGAAUGCAGAGCGAAGGGUCAAAAAGUCGCUCACCUCAUUGUACGCUUCAAUAAUCUGAAGGCCGCUAAUCGCGCUAUAUGCAAUGGUCUCGUUAUAGCCAGUAAGCAGGUCUCGGCGAGAAAGCUAAUCCGAGAGCCCCGCCGCUGCCUGAAGUGUCAGCAGAUCGGAGUCCCACACCUAGCUAGCAACUGCAAACAGAUCCAUGACACCUGCGGGAACUGUGCCUCAAUCUCCCACAGGACCUCUGCAUGCGAGGCAGACCCUACAGACUUUAGAUGCAGCAACUGUAUCCGGGCAGGACGUGUGAAUGCAGAUCAUGCAGCUUGGGACCGUGACUGUCCGGUUUUCCUGGAGCACUGUCGCUGCAUGGAAGAACGCCAACCAGAGGUGAAGUACCGCUUCUUCCCCACUGAAGACCCAUCUACCUGGGAACUAACAGGACAGCCACUGAUGCCAGCCACUCCCCCCUACCGCCGCAUCCCUACGCCUGAGCGUAAGGAGCCACCGUUGCAGAACUGGGCAGAUGAGGCAGAUAACCUCUACCCACAACCCAACCUUUUCCCUCGCCCGUCACAGGCCUGCCGGGCCAGCGAAGCAAGAAGCUCCCAGAACGCAUCACAGCCACGGCCCCAACUCCACCAGACAUUCAUACACCGCUCGGGCUCCCGGGCGUCAUCUAAGGUCUCAUACGGCAGAGAUUCCCCCCUGAACCUGAACAAGUCGCUCACAGCACAAUCAGCCUUCAUCAAUUCCUUUUCCACCUCCGACUUCGACAUCGUUCUCUUACAGGAACCAUACCUCAAUCCCCGCACCUCCCUCACUCGUGCUACAUCACACUGGAUAGUGGUAUAUCUCCAUACCCACUACUCUGAAGCUAGAGAAUGCACACGCUCCAUUAUCUUUGUCAGCAAGCGGAUCUCAGGAGAAACCUGGUCGCAGGUUAAGGUCGACUCCCCGGACAUUACUGCCAUCUCCCUGCGCACUGUGUCCAGCCCACUACACAUCUUCAACAUCUACAAUGACCAACAUCACCAGGACUCCAUCAAUCUACUUGCGCGAGCCACCACGCAACUCGCACAACCAGGAGAAGCGGAAGUGAACGUAAUAUGGGCAGGAGAUUUCAACCGACAUCACCCCAUGUGGGACGAGGAACGGAACCACCACCUUUUCACUCAGGAAGCUCUGACGAUGGCCCAGCCCCUUCUCGACAACAUUGCAGCCUUUGACCUCACAAUGCUCCUUGCCCACAGCACACCAACGCUGGAAGCAUCACUUACAAAGAACUACAUGUGCCCUGACAACAUCUUCGCCUCCUCAGACACGGCCAGCCAGCUCUUGUCAUGCGACACCAUCCCCACACUCCGCCCUCCAUUCACUGACCACAUUCUCAUCUCACUUACACUGGACGUCUCCACAUACACAACGCAGGAGGUCCCACGUUGGAACUUCCGCGAGGUUGAUUGGGAGGAUUUUCGCUCAUGCUUGAAGAGCAACCUGAGCUCCCACAUGCUUGGGGAAGGGGAGAUCUCUACUCCAGAGCAGUUCAACACUGUCCUGAAGAACUUGACAGAUGCCAUCACUGCGACGAUUAAAGAAAAGGUCCCGCUCUCGAAACCAACGCCGUUCACAAAGUGUUGGUGGUCCAAAGACCUCACCAAGUCUCGGAAACAUGUACAAUGCCUUACACGAACCUCCCACAAAUUCCAGCACAUUGCAGACCACCCAUCACACACGGAAUACCGCAAGACACGCAACCGAUAUGGUGAGGAGAUCAAGUCUGCCAAGCAAGACCACUGGGAGGCGUGGCUGGAGUCUGCAGACUCAGAAUCUAUCUGGACGAUCGACCGAUUCACUUCAGCAGGACCGACAGAUGGUAGCCGACUGCGAGUGCCCCCACUGAGGGAAGGUAGUGAGCCACCUGUAGAUGACAACGCAGCCAAGAGCACAAUUCUGUACAAGACCUUCUUUCCACCCCUGGGUCCUCCACCGACCAUACCCAAUGGCCACAGAUAUGGAUGCCCCGCAUUCUGCUUCUCCCCUAUCACAGAUGCACAGAUCGAGGCCGUUAUCAAGAAGCUGCGUGAUCACAGGGCACCGGGGCCGGACAGUGCUCCUAAUGAGGUAUACAAACACUGCAUAGCCUUACUCCUUCCACAUCUAGGUCGUCUCUUCCGUGGAACCUUCAACCUGCAGGUCUACCCUACUGAAUGGAAGACAUCGAACACAGUGGCCCUACAGAAGCCUGGCCGCCCAGACUACUCUGUAGCCAAAUCCUACCGUCCUAUCGUGCUCCUUAACUGCAUCAGUAAGAUCUUAUCUGCAUGUGUUGCUAACAUCCUUGUCUACAAAUCAGAAGCACACAACCUCCUUGCCCGCAACCACUUCGGAGGUCACCCAGGCCGACGCACCACAGACUCCCUCCACCUGCUGGUCAAAUCUGUCAAGGAUGCGUGGAGACAAGGGAAAGUAGUUUCCAUCCUCUUCCUGGACGUCAAAGCUGCCUUCCCCAGUGCAAGCCUAGACCGCCUUUUCCACAAUAUGCACAGGCGGGGAGUCCCCAUAGAGAUUGUCAAUUGGCUCCGCAGGCGCCUCAAAGGCCGACACACCAGAAUUCUCUUCGACGACUUCAAAUUGGCACUCUUCGAGAUCCUCAGUGGCAUAGACCAAGGCUGCCCCCUCUCCGUCAUCCUUUAUGAGUUCUACAACUCUGAUCUCUUUGAGAUCACCUACAGGGUCCCCCACUCACUAGCGCUCGGUUACAUUGACGAUGCAGUGAUCAUUGCCACAGGAAAGGACUACACGGAAACACAUGCUACACUCUGCAGCUACAUGGAUGGUCAUAACAGCGUGAUGACAUGA